AUGGCGGGAUCAAACGACUUGGAGGCGAACGGCGCCUCACCUCGAUUCGAGGGGGUCGACAGUGGUUUCAUAGAAAAGGCUCCUACACAACGAGCGGGUUCAAGGACGCACGCUUCUGUCUACAUUUUAACAUGGAUCUUCUUUUCCAACGCAACUAUUCUCUUCAACAAGUGGCUCAUUGACACUGCUGGAUUUCGAUAUCCCAUCAUCCUCACCACAUGGCAUCUCGUCUUUGCAACGAUAGCUACACAACUUCUCGCUCGAACGACUUCUCUUCUCGAUUCUCGCCAUGCUCUUCCUUUGUCUCGACGACUUUAUGUGCGGACAAUCCUCCCAAUUGGCGUCCUCUACUCAGCAUCGCUCGUAUUUUCCAACAUCGUCUACCUCUAUCUGUCGGUCUCUUUCAUCCAAAUGCUCAAGGCUACCGGCCCGGUCUUCACACUUAUCGCUUCAUGGGCAUGGGGGGUUGCUCAACCAGACGCCAAGACCUUUGGCAAUAUCAUGAUCAUCGUAGUUGGUGUCGCCAUUGCUAGUUUUGGUGAAAUCGAGUUUUCCGUGUGGGGUUUCAUCUUCCAGAUGUGUGGUACUAUUGCCGAAGCUGUGCGCGUUGUCAUGAUUCAAGUCAUGCUCAGUGCCGAGGGUCUCCGUAUGGAUCCCCUUGUCGGCCUCUACUACUACGCGCCUGUCUGUACCCUCAUGAACCUAGUUGUCGUCUUCUUCAGUGAAGGUCCUCGGUUUAAGUGGGAGGAUGCAGCCACCGCAGGCUAUGGCAUGCUCUUCGCCAACGCUUUUCUUGCGUUCAUCCUGAAUGUUAUCAGCGUCGUCCUUAUCGGUAAGACUUCAGGACUCGUCAUGACUCUCAGUGGUAUUCUUAAGAGCAUUCUCCUCGUGGCAGCGUCUGUUGUUAUCUGGAGUACUCAUAUCAGUCUUCUUCAAACACUAGGUUACUCGAUUGCUCUCAUGGGUCUUGUCCUGUAUUCGGUGGGUUACGAGCAGCUACUCGACGCAUGGGAUGGGCUGGUCGCCUGGGGUACGGGUGUGAACCGUGAAGGGGAAAUGUCUUCCGCAUUGCGCAAGGCGAUUAUGGUCGGUUGCCUGGGUUUCAUCACUGUGGUCAUUGCCGGAGCAUUGUGGCAUUACCACGGCCUCUCUGGCACUCAAGUGGCGCGAGCGACAACAUCUUGGCUCGGCCAUUAA